AUGGCAUAUUCAAUGUUGCCUGCAUAUGUAGAAGUACAGAUUCCACACUCUCAACUACAUGCAUUAUGGAGUAUGGAAUUCCCAGAAAUGCUCAAGAAAUUCCCACCAGCUUAUGAUGGACAACAGGCCUCCUGGUCAUGGUACAUACCGAUGCCUUGGACAUGGGAGGCACCACUCUUCAGCACCCAUUCUUCUACGCACGAUGGUCCUGCAUCAGGAUCCUUCGCCUCAUCAAAUCCAUGGAAAUUAAUCGGCAAUAUCUCCAUGCCCCAGUUUACUCCCUGA